AUGACCGAGCGAAACGGCGAAAUGGAGAAAGAGCAAGCGAAUUUCAGUAAAUUCUUGAAGAAAUUCUCGAUACGACUCGUUCAAACGCUUGUUCAGUCGCGACAAGGCGAUUUUAUUGCGCAGCCGUGCACCGACACCAAUGAUUGGUUCAAUAUGAAAAUGGAUGAGCUUGGCGAAAUUUCGGCUUAUUUAAAGACAUCAAUCACACAAUAUCCGCCAAACGGAAAACUAGCAAUUGAGUUUAUAUUGCAUACAACUGAAGGGCAAUCAUUGCCAUUGGAAGCAUGGGUGCUAAGUGUUGAUUCGAAUAAAAUCGAUUCAAAUGUGGAUAUUUGGAUACAGUUAUACCAUCAGAUGGGCACGUUGUUGAGAUCGGUGGCGACUGCUGCUCGAAUGACUCCAAUGCAUCGUCUUUAUGUGAAGAAACAAGAUGAAGAUUCGUUCAUUAUUAUGUACAAAAUACACGAUGCAAGCUUCAUUCCGAAAAUGGGAAAUGCUGAGAAGAAGCGAAGACUUGGCGAACUUGAUUCGCCAUUCGGCGCGGUUUGCUUGGAUCUUGUCUAUCGAACAACGAUGCAAUUAGACAAUUCGGAGCUGGACGAGCAAAAAACCAUGGAUAAUAUGCCAUCAUUCUUCUCGGAAGGAGUGUUCAUUUCAAAAGGCGAGCAUAUUGACAGUUCGAGCCCAAUGAGCGCGACUCUUUACAACUUUUCGCCAGAAACCGGAAAGAGCCCACCGGAACAUCAGGCUUCGAAGCCGCCAUCGCCAGAAACUUGCAACGAAAACGAUGCUGCGAUGGGAACGUCGCAAAACGCUGAAGAUGACGUCGAGAAUGAGGAUGUCGAAGAGCCGGUGCUUGAUCAGCUUCGUCGUCACUCGAUUCCAUUUGCUAGUCUUCUUCAAUCCGCCUAUGCGCCACUUGAGCCUCGAAAAGAGUCGCCAAUUAAUCCAGUUUGUGCGACUCCCAGCUCGCUUCCCGAUUGCAUUCCUGAGGAGAAGAAUGAGAACUCGAGUGCCGAUGAGAAUGAGGAUAAAAAUGAUGACGAUGAAGAAGAAGAAGGCGAAUCGUUCGUUGAGAUAUGCCGGUUUGGCGAUUCGCCGGAUACCGACGAAGACGAGCUGGCGAGACUGCUCGAUCAAUUACGCCAUGCCCCUGAUAUUAAGGAUGUCACAUUUUCAAUCAAUCUUAAAAAUGAGCUCGAAGAGCUCAAGGCUCACAAGGAGGAAUUUGAAGAAUUUGUUGAGAAGGUCAACUCAGUGAAGAAUGAAGAAGACUAG